AUGGCGAACAACAACACAACCUUCUAUGACUACUACUACUAUGAUGGGGAGAAUUCUUGCGAUGAUUUCAUGGACUUUUCAACCAUCAGCGCUGCCUUCUUUAUUGUGAUCUUCAUCAUCAGUAUCACAGGCAGUAGUCUCCUCUUAUUUGCUCUUGUCCGCCGCGGGAACCUGAAAAAUGCCACAAAUCUGUUCAUCCUGAACCUGACCUGCUCAAAUUUGGUCUUAACUGUCACCCUUCCUUUCGGGGCUGUCGAGCUCCUGCACCGCUGGGUGUUUGGUGACCUUGGCUGCAAAUUGCUGAAUGCAGUUGGCUCUCUUGGUUUUCACAGCAACAUCAUUUUACUGACUGCCAUUACUGUGGAUCAUUUCAUAACAGUGGUGUUGAACAAGUGGCCGAGCAAACUUGUAAGGGAGAGGUGUGCAGCGGGUUUCUGUGCAACCGCUUGGAUCGUCAGCAUCGUUGCAUCCCUGCAUUUUGCUAUUAAGGUAAAAGAAACUACAACUGCAGAUGGUGAAUUCUUUUGUAACACUGAGGAUCCUGAUGCUAAGCUGAUCUUUCUUCUCCAAAUGUCACUGCUUUUCUUCCUCCCACUUAUCAUCAUUAUUUUUUGUUGCUGUGCCAUCCUCAAAACAGUUCUGCAGUUUUCAAACAGAAGAAGGAACAGGACUGUGGUCAUGGUGUUAUGCAUUGUUGCGGCCUUCUUCAUCUGCUGGGGACCUUACACUAUGUUGCUUUUUUUAGUAACUUUGCAUGUACCUGACAACUGUUAUGAAUGGAAAAGCUGGCAUAUCGCCUUGAAUAUUUGUAGUAUACUUGCAUUCUCUCACUGCUGUAUAAACCCUCUAUUCUAUAUGCUCUCACAAAACAUGCAAAGGCAUCUGUUGCAUUUUUUACACUGUGAUAAUGUCAGGAACAUGGAGAGAGCUUCUAGCAGUUCAGAUAUUACAUCACAAACUUAUUCAGUUAUGAUGGACUCAGAAUCCAAAUAG